AUGAGUGUCCUCUUCCCGUUCUCCAAGGUGCAAACGGCUGGUGAAAGGAAGGCCCCACACCAUUUGCCCUUGAACCUCAAUCCCUGCGAAUGCCCAGCUUUUGAGGGCAGCUGCAUCCCGGUGACAGGUGCAGGGGGCGUUGGCGGGAAGCAGCGGCGGCCACACGGUGGCGCGAGCGGGCCUCCUACCGCGGACGACCUGUCCAAAGUGUCGGACGAGGAGCUCCUGCAGUGGAGCAAGGAGGAGCUGAUCCGCAGCUUGCGGCGCGCCGAGGCCGAGAAGGUGAGCGCCAUGCUCGACCACAGCAACCUCAUCCGCGAGGUCAACCGCCGCCUACAGCUGCACCUAGGCGAGAUCCGCGGCCUCAAGGACAUCAACCAGAAACUUCAGGAGGACAACCAGGAGCUGAGGGACCUCUGCUGUUUCCUGGACGAUGACCGGCAGAAGGGCAAGCGGGUGUCCCGGGAGUGGCAGCGCCUGGGCCGCUACACGGCGGGGGUGAUGCACAAGGAGGUGGCCUUGUACCUGCAGAAGCUCAAGGAGCUGGAGGUGAAGCAGGAGGAGGUGGUGAAGGAGAACCUGGAGCUCAAGGAGCUGUGCGUGCUGCUGGACGAGGAGAAGGGCGCCGGCUGCGCGGGCAGCCGCUGCUCCAUCGACAGCCAGGCCAGCCUGUGUCAGCUCACGGCCUCCUCGGCGCCCUACGUGCGCGACGUGGGAGACGGCAGCAGCACGUCCAGCACCGGCAGCACCGACAGCCCGGACCACCACAAGCACCAUGCCAGUGGGGGCAGCCCUGAGCACCCCAAGCAUCGGAGCACCAGCCCCGAGCACCUGCAGAAGCCCCGGGCCACAGGGGCACCCGAGCACCCCAAAGCCCUCAAGGGACCCAGCCCGGAGCAUCACAAAAGCCUGUGCAAGGGCAGCCCCGAGCAGCAGAGGCACGCGCACCCGGGGGGCAGCCCAGAGAUGCUGGCCAAGCACGUGCUGAGCGGGAGCCCGGAACACUUCCAGAAGCACAGGCCGGGGGGCAGCCCCGAGCACACGCGGCACAGCGGAGGGAGCCCCGAGCACCUGCAGAAACAGGCCUUGGGGGGCAGCCUGGAGCACCUACCCCGAGCCAGGGGCACCAGCCCUGAGCAUCUCAAACAGCAUUUUGGGGGGAGCCCCGAUCAUAAACACGUGGCAGGAGGCAGUGGAGGCGGCAGCCGGGAGGGCACCCUCCGCAGGCAGGCCCCGGACGAGGCGUCACCCCAUCACCGGGGCAUCUACAGCGGCAUGAACGAAUCAACCUUGUCCUAUGUUAGGCAGCUGGAGGCCAGAGUCAGACAGCUGGAGGAAGAGAAUCGAAUGCUGCCCCAGGCCCCACAGAAUAGAAGGCAACCUCCAGCUAGAAACAGCUCACAUGUGGAGAAAGGCUGGGGCCGGCGGGCCUUGCAGUGGUGGCGAGGGUGCAGAGCAAUAGGAAGAUGCCUGCCCGUUCUCCCGGGUUCUUUUAGGUUGUCAUCAGGGGCUGAUGGGAAUAACAGUUCAGCCAGCUCGCCAGCUAGCUUCAGUGGACAUACCACCCCUUCUCAGCAGCCUGAACCCGUGGUCCACUCUCUUAAGGUUGUGUGGAGGAAACUUGGAGAUGCUGCAGGUUCAUGUCCUGGAAUUAGGCAACAUUUGUCAGGAAACCAGUACAAAGGACCGAUGUGA